UAAAUAUAUGUAGACAAUGGAAAUAUAAGUAGUUAAUACCCCUAUUUUUUCAUUUAUUUUGUGAUUACAUAUAGACUGGGUAUUAGGCCUAUAGGCUAGUUUGAUCGACUUGUUUCGUAUUCUAUGACUUUCGACUUGCAAUCGUCAACGGAAUGCGUGUGUCCAAUAUAACCUGAUAACCGGUGGGACACUACUACAUAAGGAUAGUCGGGAAAAUUAGCAUUACCCCGUUCAUACCGUCAUAUCAAUGUCAACAUAAAAACUAAAAACCGUGCUUGUUAUCGAUGGUAAAGAAAUUUAAAGAUUUUUACAUAUAUAAUGUAUAUAUAUAUUGUCAUAUUGUGUUUUUUUCUUUGCAUGCAUUUCCCUGUACAGCUGCAGUAGCCGUUAGCCACUUGCUAUAAUCCUUUAUCUUUCACUUCACUUGCUUUAAUAAUUUUGGCUGAUUAUCUUUGGUUUGAUAUUUGAACAUGUUGAACUUUCACCUUCAUCGAAACUCGAGAUGGUGCUUGAACUUCAUGUCUCUGUCUAAAAAUAUAGCUGCAACAUCAGUUUCUUGACCCAGUUGAAAUUAAAAUACCUGUAUCUGUGUCUCAGCCAAGUUUACAACAUCAAAGACUUUUCACCAGUUCACCACCACUCCUAGUCUCCUAGCCUUUGGCUUUGUAAAUGCAGUAAAGUUAAUACACUGCAGGUUGGAUAUAAAUAUUUUCAAAGGGAUGCUUAAACAUGCUUGUAUUCUCAUUAAUCGUAACCUCUGUAUGAAAAAUGACAUGCUAGUUAGUUCUCACUCCUAUAAUUAAUGUCCCUUGGAGGUUUUCAACAGUGGACAUCAACCAGUGUACAGUGAUGUAAACUUGGUGUUAAUAAAAAUUUGGCCCAAUGUAGGAUGCACAACUUACUGAGUGAAGUACAUGUACCUUCGGAAUUUCUACUUUGUUUACAGGCCGCUUAUGAAGAACCAUGGGGGUAAACAAUGGAGAGGUCAACAAGAAUGGGAAUGGGAACUCACAUUACGACCCCGACGACGAGAAAACUCCAUUUACAGAGAAAGAGGAAGUCAACGGCAAUGACAUACAGACAGACAAAAGAGAAAGUCCCCACAGUUCUGUCACCCCAAGAGCAGAGGAAGAUGAAGGGAUUCUGAAGAAACUUAAAAGUGAUGCUAUCUACCGUGAAAAAUAUUGGAUUUCCAUUGGAAUCAUGUGGAGUUUCUUUGUUUUGGGUUGGACCAUUGGGCAGUUUGGACCAUCUCUGCUUGACUUAAGAAUCAUCACUAGCACUUCCCUGAAACAAGCCUCGGCAUUCAUGACCGGUCAUUCUGUGGGGUAUCUCAUAGGCUCCAUUGUUAUGGGAAUCAUUUUUGACAAGAUGAGAAAGGAGAAGACUUUCUCUGUGGCUUGGUCAGUUGUAGCUAUGACUGUUGUAUUAGCUGUCAUUCCUUGGUGCUACAUCUAUGAACUGAUGGUUGCAAUGCAUGUGUUUAAGGGACUAGCCGGAGGUGGCUUAGACACCACUGGCAAUGCUCUACUUAUAAGUCUCUGGAGAGCUGAUGGGAAAUCGUUCCUACAGAGUAUUCAUUUUGCUUUCGCUAUUGGAGGAGCCAUAUCUCCAUUUGUCACCGGCCCAUUCCUUGCUCCAGAGAAUAAUACGAAUACAAAUACCACCAGUGAAAUCAUAGGAAAUACAAGUUUAGCAAAUUACACAAACAAUGCAACAACGUCUAAUUCUGGUGAUUUCCCAUGGACAGAGUCCAGAUUGUAUGUUCCAUAUUCAAUAGCAGCUUUUCUUGCCCUAACAGCUACUGUUCCAUUAUUUGUGUUAGCCUGCACAUCCAAACGACCUUCUGAUGUGAAAUCUGUAAAAUCUGUGAGUUCUGUGGAUGAGGAUAUCGAUGAGGAGAGAAAUAUCCAGAGGUUAUCAUUUGGGAUGAAAGCUACUGUGUUGAUCAUUUUAAUGGUGUUCCUCGGAAUUUAUUGUGCCAUGGAAGAUGGAUUCAACAGCUUUCUGGCCACAUUUUGUGUUAGCAAAUUAAAGUGGACGAAAUAUAUGGCGUCCAUUGUUACUGCCGUAUUUUGGAUAAGCUACACCAUUGCGCGAUUCAUUGGGAUUUUCUUGGCACGGAUUUUCAAGCCGGUUAAGCUAAUUUUCAUUCUCACAGUUCUCGUUAUCCUGGGAUUCUUGGGAUUUUUCCUAUCAGCCCAGUUCAAAUUUUACGAAGGAAUUUGGAUUUCAUCCGGAGUAGUAGGAUUAGCAAUGUCCAUGAUAUUUCCGUUAGUUUUUGCUUGGACAGAGGAGUCCAUCUUACCAGUUACGGGAUUAGUAGCUUCCUUGUUCCUCAUAGCAGCGUCAUUGGGAUCAAUGAUUAAUCCCAUCGUUUUGGGAUUCUUGAUGGACAAUUCCUCUCCCAUGUGGCUUGCCUACAUAAUGUUAGGAGAAUCCAUCAUAAACUUAAUGGUAUUAUGCUUAGCUUGGACAGUUGCUAGUCGAAUUACACUACCCAAAAACACUUUCAGAGAAGUGAAAAUAGAGAUCCGAUCGGAGGACCCUGAUGAAAUUGAAUACAGGAGCAUUAUUGCUGAAAGCGAAUUGAAUGAGGACCGUCUCUAAUGAUAUUCUAUUUAUCUCUUGGUUAUAAACCAAACUUAAACUUUCAUUCAUCAACCAUUCCUAACCAGUAUGAUUAUUCAUCCUGCAACAUAUGGCUUAGAUGUGUUCUUAUAAUUUUUUUUUAGUUUGCCACAUUCCAAAUGUAAGGAUUUAUGACUUGGUAGUUUAUUCUAACCAUCUGUGUUAUUGAUAAAAUUGCAAACAUGUAAACUCAUGUUUAUAAAUUAUUUACCGGUACCUAAAAUUAACUCUAACCCUGAAGCGAUAUUCUCAUCUAAAACAUACUGUAAACCAACUAUUAUUCGCGAUGACUUUAUUUCGCGAUUUAUCUGAGAUGAACUGGUUCGUGGCGACUAAUUUUUGCGACUAAACCUUAUCCACACCUGUUUCUUUUAUUACAACUAUGUGGUAAAUACUGGUCCGCGGCGAGAAAUAUUCGCGACCAUGAAGCCCUCACAAAAAAAUUCUCGCAUUCGAAUUAAAGUUGGUUUACAGUAUGUAGAUGUAGACAGUAGAGACUGUUAUAAUAAAAUCCUUUGCCAAAUUUGUAAGUGAUCCAACAAGAGUUCAUUUAGCCAUGCUUUUGUUUUGUGAAAAAAUUUAAAUUAAUUAAAAUAAGAACCUUGAACAUGUUGAAAGUUUAAUACUAAUACAUGUAUUAUUUCUGAAAGUUGCAGAAAUAACACUUACCACUUUUACUGGAAAGAUAUUUUUAUUUGAUUAUGUGAUGGAGUAUAUUCAGUUUUUCCAGUUUCCAAACCUGAUGCUAUUGUGAUAUAUGGAAAAUAUUUGUUUCAAGAAGUACCUUACCAAUUGUGAUAAUACCCAAGUACUUAUAUAGUGAGACAAAAUAUACAUGUGUAUUUUUUAUACAAUAAUAUUGCUUGCACUGCUUGUUGUGCAUAAUUUAUUUAGUUGUAAUUUAUGUUGCAUUUUAAUGUUAUAGACAAGAGUUGUGAAUUAAAGUGUAUUUGGUUUACAGUUAACAGUUAAGUGGUUUACAAAUGUAUAUUAUUACAUAUUUUUUAAUGUAUUUUAUUUUCAGUACUUAUGUCUUCUUUGAUUUUUUUUUACUCUAGUCCUAAAGGAUUAGUAUUCAAAGUAUUGGUUUACAUGUUACGGAUUAAGUUAUGCAUAUGUAUAAAAUAUAUAUGGAUUUUUUAUUUUUUUUAUUUUCUGGAAACAUUAUUUGAACGAUCUUUUAUUUGGUCAUUGUACAUUGCACUACAUAUAUUUGUUUAAUUUUUAAGUUACAUCUA